UUGAACAAAAUGGCUGCCAUUGGUCAGAAGUGGGUUCCUCUGUACCAGAUUGAUGCCUUCACCGACAAGCCUUUUGGAGGUAACGCUGCAGCUGUGUGUCUACUGGGGGAUGAGGAGUUAAGCGAUGAUCGUCUACAGAAGAUUGCAGUAGAGAUGAACCAGUCUGAGACAGCCUUCAUCUCUAAACUCUCACCCCAGGAUGACUUCAACACCAGUUCAGUGUUCAGACUCCGAUGGUUCACCCCUGCCAGUGAGGUCCUGCUCUGUGGCCACGCCACACUGGCAUCGGCUGCUGCACUCUUCUAUGUCAUCAAAAACCCGAGUCCCCAGCUGACGUUCCAGACCUUGAGUGGAGACCUGUUUGCCAGGAGGGACGGAGACUUCAUCUCACUGGACCUGCCUGAAAAUAAAACACAGCCUCAGGAUGAAGAAAAGUACAAAGACUUAAUCAAGGCCACCAUUGGUUCCUUGCCUGUUCAAGACCUUCACUUCUGCAGUUCAGUUGGAGGGGAUCUGCUGGUCAGGAUACCUGAUAGUAUCACCAGAAAACAAUUUGAAGAAAUGAAACCAGACGUCCAAGGCAUGAUGGCUGCCCACCACGACCAGAUCGGUGACGGAGUUAUAGUCACAUUAAAAGGAAGUGUAGAGAACGGUUGUGUUGAUGAGGAGGGGGUCCAGUAUGAUUUUGUCUCGCGUUUCUUCGACCCCUGGAGCGGUCUUCCAGAGGACCCGGUCACGGGGUCAGCUCAUACCGUCCUGGCCAGCUACUGGGCAGAGGAACUGGGCAAGACUGAGUUCUAUGCCCGACAGUGCUCUGAGAGAGCGGGGGUCCUGAGGGUGAGACUGAGGGGGGAUGGCAGGGUGGACAUCAAGGGGCAGGCUGUCGUUGUGACAACGGGCAAGAUCAACAUAUGACUGUG